AUGACCCCAGCAUUAGAGCCAGAGCCGUCCUCAUGGGGCCUCCGACACCCGCCUGAAGCCAAGCCCUCUUGCCCCGACCUGCCCCGCCAGGCCCCAUUUAAGUUGCAGCCCGAGAGCUGCCCUGGGGAUCUAAAACCAAAGCGAGGCUCCCCACACAGAGGCAGCCUUGACCGCACAGAUGCCUCCACUGAUCUGGCCGUGAGGUCCUGGCCCUCGGAGCCGGGUUCCCGGACCUGCUCAACUUCAGCCACCACUACAGCCCCUUCCAGCUCCACCCCCAUCGCCCGGCACCCAGGCCGCACCAAAGGCUAUAACUCAGAAGACAACCUCUGUGAGCCAUCCCUGGAGUUUGAGGUCCCCAACCACAGGCAGUACGUGUCGCGGCCAAGUAGCUUAGAGAGCAGUAGAAAUACAUCCAGCAACAGCUCACCUCUUAACCUAAAAGGCUCCUCCGAGCAGCUCCAUGGCCGGUCCGAGAGCUUCAGCAGCGAAGACCUGAUCCCCAGCAGGGACCUGGCCACUCUGCCCAGGGAAGCCAGCACACCGGGACGCAACGCCCUCGGCCGCCACGAGUACCCCUUGCCUCGGAACGGGCCUCUCCCACAGGAGGGUGCCCAGAAGAGGGGCACAGCCCCUCCCCACGUCGGAGUGCGGCCCUGCCCGGCCUCCCCCAGCAGUGAGAUGGUCACCUUGGAGGAGUUCCUGGAGGAGAGUAACCGCAGCUCCCCCACCCACGAUACUCCCAGUUGCCGGGAUGACCUACUGAGUGACUACUUCCGAAAGGCCAGCGAUCCCCCAGCCAUCGGAGGCCAACCAGGACCACCUGCCAAGAAAGAAGGGGCCAAGAUGCCCACCAGCUUUGUGGCCCCCACUGUCAAAAUGGCCACCCCCACCUCGGAGGGGAGGCCACUGAAGCCCGGGCAGUAUGUAAAGCCAAACUUCAGACUGACUGAGGCCGAGGCCCCACCCAGCAUGGCCCCGAGACAGGCCCAGCCUCCCCAGAGCCUGUCUCUGGGCAGACCCCGGCAGGCUCCGGUGCCCCCAGCUUCCCAUGCACCUGCCAGCCGCAGUGCCUCCCUGAGCCGGGCCUUCAGCCUGGCCUCAGCUGACCUUCUCCGGGCCAGCGGGCCAGAGGCCUGCAAACAGGAGUCCCCUCAGAAGCUGGGGGCUCCUGAGGCCUUAGGGGGCAGAGAGACAGGCAGCCACACCCUGCAAAGCCCCGCACCCCCCAGCUCCCACAGCCUGGCCCGGGAGCAGACCCCACUUGUGGGAAAGGCCGGCAGCUCCUGUCAGGGCCCAGGUCCCCGCUGCCGGCCGCUGGACACGAGGCGCUUCUCCCUGGCUCCCCCAAAGGAGGAGAGGCUGGCCCCCCUGCAUCAGUCUGCCACAGCCCCCGCCAUUGCCACUGCAGGUGCUGGUGCUGCUGCUGCUGGCAGUGGCAGCAACUCCCAGCUCCCGCACUUCUCACCUGCUGCAGCCCCGGCUGCCAGGACCAAGCCCAAGGCGCCCCCACGCUCGGGGGAGGUGGCCACCAUCGCCCCUGUCUGGGCAGGGCUCAGCCUCUCAGAGGGAGAUGGGGUCCCGGGGCAGGGCUGCAGUGAGGGGCUCCCGACCAAGAGCCCAGGUCGGUCUCCUGAUUUGGCUCCCCACCCCGGCCGGGGCCCCGAGGACUGCAGUCGAGGGAGCGUCUCAAAGAGCAGUCCGGCCUCCCCAGAGCCCGGCGGGGACCCGCAGACCGUGUGGUAUGAGUACGGCUGCGUGUGACUGUCUCGUGGUUGAGCUCGCAAACCUGAAAACUACUGACGCGCCUUCCGACUCUCACGGCCUUUUCUCCUGCUUGCCUGCGGUGCCAGGAAAGGGCUUGGAAUGAGGAAAGGGGUUCCCACGCAUUUCUGCUGUUUGUUCUGUGAAUGGAAACACUGUGCCAAGCCCUGAGAGGAUUACGCUUCCAGGUGUGUAACGUGUCUUCUGUAUCUGCCGCUUCCAGCAGCUGAUAUCUUUGGAACAAAUCCACGUCAGCAUGGGGACCAAUUAGGAUGCAAUGACAAACUGACUUCCCCCAAAGCAGACACUACUCCAGUAUGUCCCAGUAGAACACUCAUUUGCAACGUGUGGAGCUCCGUUAAGCACACACACACUCACACAACAGGCCUGGCGGGUCGAAAAGCCCACUCCCUCUCCCAAAGGCCACUGGAUCCCAGGAGAAGCCCUGACUGGCAAUACUACAAAGGUCUCCAGGGCCUGGCAGACCCCAGAGUCAGGCCUGCUGUUAAAAAGUGAGAGUGCUGCUGUUCCAUUCCUGGGGUCCCAAGCGCUUCCCUUUACCCCAGGACCCAGGGCAGGCUGCAGGGCAGCUGGUAGUGGCCUUGGCCAUUUGCCCCCAGCCUCCAGCUGGCUCGUGAGCUCUGCACCAGGGGUUUUGGGGACCACACAGGCACCUGCCUUCCUAGAUUUCCCUGGCUCACUUUUCUGCAAACACUGGAUCUGCCAGGCCUGGGGAUUGGGGGGCAGGACAGAGGCCCCCAUCCAGCCCCCUCCAGGCCAGUGUGCACAGUGCACCGAGGGGUCACCCGCACAGAGCGAGGUGCAAGCUCGAUGUGUAACCUGGCUGCGGCACCCGACUUCCCCAGUCUCAGAUGGGGUGUUGAUUUAUUUCUGAAUAACUUUUUGGGUAUAGAAACCAAUUUUUUUUAAUAUAUGACAUGUAUAUGUACACACUCAUGUGAAAUAUGUAUACUUCGGGGGGGUCUAUUUAUGUUCCAGUGGGAGUCUCUCUCUCCUGUCAGGAAUCUUAUCUGCUGCUUUGUGUCUUUGGUCAGAUUCCUGACAAUUUAGUUUCCUGUUGUAAAGGUGCUUUUCCUGGGGUAAACUAAACCUAUUGAUUUUUUUUUUAAGAUUUUUUUUCCUUUUGAUUUAAUAUGCUGAGAAAGAAACGGGAGACUUUUGAAUGUUAACAAGAUCCACUUUAGGAGUGUUUGGGGUUGUGUAUUAAAUAGCCAUUCGUUCUGGAAAUCAAGGCCAGAAUUGUAAUAAAAUGGAAUGGAACCGAA